GACGUGCUGCACAGAGGGCGCAGGAAGCGGUGACGUGCGGCGCCUGGGCCGAGCCGAGCGGGGAAGAUGGGGAAGGCCGAGUUCCUGACGCCCAAAGCCAUCGCCAACCGCAUCAAGUCCAAGGGGCUGCAGAAGCUGCGCUGGUACUGCCAGAUGUGCCAGAAGCAGUGCCGGGACGAGAAUGGCUUCAAAUGUCACUGCAUGUCGGAAUCCCACCAGCGACAGCUUCUUCUGGCUUCCGAGAACCCACAGCAAUUUAUGGAUUAUUUUUCAGAGGAGUUCCGCAAUGAAUUUCUGGAGUUGCUUAGAAGACGGUUUGGAACUAAACGUGUUCACAACAACGUUAUCUACAAUGAGUACAUCAGCCACCGAGAACAUAUUCACAUGAAUGCAACAAUGUGGGAAACGCUGACUGACUUCACUAAAUGGCUGGGCCGAGAAGGAUUCUGCAAAGUGGAUGAAACGCCAAAGGGCUGGUACAUUCAGUACAUCGACCGUGAUCCAGAAACCAUCUGCAGGCAACAGGAACUGGAGAAAAAGAAGAAACAGGAGCUGGACGACGAGGAAAGAAACGCCAAGUUUAUUGAAGAACUCGUCAGAAGAGGAAAGGAAGGGAAAGAGGAGGAAGCUCCAGUUUUUACGGAACUGAAAAGAGAAAACGAGGAAGAGAAAGUUGCCUUCAAUUUAAACAAAGGACAAUGUGCUUCGACACCGGCUCCUAAAUCGAGUAGCCUGGGACCAAAUCCGUUGCAAGCAAUACCUUCAGUGAAACGCAAGGAAUCGGGCCCUGCUUCUUCAUCAGAGACUAAAGACAAGAAGAAAAAAUCUGCAUUGGAUGAAAUAAUGGAGUUUGAAGAGCAGAAAAAGAGAAGUCUUCGGAGAGACCACUGGCUUCACACCGGAAUUGUUGUUAAAUUAAUAACCAAGAAACUUGGUGAAAAAUAUUACAAGAAGAAAGCAGUGAUAAAGGAAGUGCAAGAAAAGUAUACGGCGAUUAUCAAAAUGAUCGAUUCCGGAGACAAGCUGAAAGUUGACCAGACGCAUUUGGAGACGGUCAUCCCAGCCCCUGGUAAGAAGCUACUCGUUGUCAAUGGCGGUUACCGGGGAAACGCGGCCAUUCUGAAUUCCAUACACGAGAAAAGUUUCAGUGCCACAAUAAUCAUCGAUUCUGGACCUCUACAAGGACGCAAGGUUGAAAGUGUACAAUACGAAGAUAUUUCAAAAUUGGCUUAAGAAACUCUUCAGAGCUGCUUGCUUGAUAUUUUGACAGUUCAAAGCAUCAUGUUGGUGUCCAAUGAUUGUUCCCCCCCAGUGCAAGCUCUACUGUGUCAGAGCUU